AUGCGACGAUGUGCGGACAUUGGCAUCGAUGCUGUUGGUCAACGCCGAAUAGAGGUCCGCACGCCGGAACCUCCGACACCGGAUCCCUCCACCGAACCACAUGUUCCUACGAUUAUGCAGUCCACAACAGAGCAGACGAACUUCCUCGAACCAGGAAAUAUGGAGGACGAGACUGUGAGAUUUGUGGAGAGAGAUUGCCAUAAUGACUUCAGUUCGGCCAGUACGGAUCUCAGUGCUUCCCGUAUCGGAAGCUCAUCAUUCAAUGUGGCCUAUUGCCCUGACGCAACUUUCAGUCUGCCGCGGUCAGAAGUAAUAAAUUGGUCAUGUGGAGAAGUGCCAGACGACUUCAACAAUCGCGAGAAGUUGAGCUUCUUCACACAAGAAGUAGCCCGCCUUCAAGCCAAGAUUGAACCGCGUGCAAUACAUCCUCAACGACGACAGAUACGUUCGGCUGCUAAUCGUGGCGAGAGAAAUGCUUUUCUACCACUUCCUACCUCUGCGCAAGGAAUCCUGUACCCAAUCGCUACCUUGGCUGAAGGAAUCCUACACCGCUGGGAUAUGUCUUCACUGUUAAAAGACAAUGGGGCCAAGAGCUUUCUGCUUCGAAUGGAUCCCGGCCUACUCCAUCUCCUCUUCUCGGUCACUGUACAACUUUGCCGCAACAACUUGGCACGCAAAGGGCUAUUCCACUCACUUUUCACUUGGGUCCGCAACACAAAUAUUGGUGGCCAACUUAAAGCACACCUUCGAGAGAACCCAGGGGAUGCUGACGCUCUCGCCAAAGCAGCUGCAGCAAACCUGAGACGGGACCACUAUCAUACUCGUAGACCAGGGGAAACGACGAAUUCUCAACCUUGGAGCGAGCAGCUUGUUUAUUUGUACGACAAUCAAGAGGUUGCUAUGUCUGUAGCUGUGGCAAGUAGCCUCCUCCACCCCAUCGCCGCGACUUCUUCAGUUCAAGCAGCAGAGAUCCUCGUCUUCCGUGGAGCGGACUUGAACCAUGUGGAUCCAACCACGUACUCUGGAACACCGCUUUGCCUGGCCGUUUCCCAGGGCCAAACCAAUAUGGUCAAAUAUCUUGUUGAAGCUGGAGCUGAUAUCAACCGCUAUUUCAAUCAGCACAACACCGAAGAGGCGUGCAAUGCCCUCACCAUCGCUAUGAUACAUUUUCACUUGGACAUAAUCGAAUUCCUAUUAUCAAAAGGUGCUAGUGUGCCAGCACACACUGACAUCGACACAGAAAAACUCUAUCGCGAAUUGACGGGCUACGAGGAAUUCCUCUAUCCGUAUCUUCGACAAUGGUUGCUUCGGCACAGAUUGUUACUCAACAAGAUGCUUGAAGCAGCAGAAUCAAGCAAUGAAGAUCUCUGCAACGUUCUUCUCGCCAGUGAUGUUGUUCCUGAAGAGGCAUUGGAGUCGCUAUUACGGCAAGCCAUUGUACUGAGAAAUGAUCUUGCUCUGAGAACAUUACUUCGAUAUGGCGUUAAUCCUAACGCACCGCCUCGCCAUAUAAAAGGCCCAUCAUCCUUGGGGCUUAAACUGAAGAAGAUGAUGGUAACACCAAUACGACUUGCCGUCGAUCUGGACGCCGGAAAUACUAUCAUUUACCAGCUCCUGAAAGCUGGGGCAUGCCUGGAAGAUGAUACGGUGCGGAAACUCUUGAGACGAUUGUCAACAGAUAAUGACGGCAUGUCUCUGUUUCACACACUCAUGGUGCAACAUGGUCACCAAAGACCCAUCAUCGGAGCAACAGCGCUAGAGGUGGCGGCCGAAAAGGGCAGUGUCAUCACAUGUGGCUACCUUCUGGAACGCGGCGCCCAUAUCAACCAUCACGGAGUUCACGGCUUGAGCUGUCUGCAGAUGGCGGCAAGUAGAGGAAAAUUGCCCCUCAUUCGAUUCUUGCUCGACUCUGGAGCAGACGUAAACUUGCCAGCACACGAUGAAGGUGGACGCACAGCGCUGCAGGCCGCUGUCGAACACGGUCACUCCUCAGUAGUGAAAUGUCUACUUGACGCUGGAGCGGAAAUCAGAAUUUCUCCUGCCAAGAAUGGAGGGGUAACAGUCCUCGAGGCUUUUGCCCGGCGGAUGGAAAAAAUCCCCCUUUCAUUUUCAACUCAGAAUACUCGAGCGCAUCAAGUUGCAAAAGAAGAGUCUGACUUGCGUGAGUUCCAGAGCUGGCUGGCACUGGGAGCUCCAAUAAACCGCGCCGAUAGGGGUCAUGGAAGUCUUCUGCACUCCCUCAUGCGCACAAUCCAACACAAAUGCUUCGACCUGGCAUUGAAACUAGGAGCUCGCAUCGAGGACAGAGAAGAAGCCAACAGCGGGGCGAUGACGCCGCUUCAACGGGCUGCGGAUCUAGGAUGUUUCGAGGAGGCCCAGCUACUGCUCGAGCAUGGAGCAAACGUUAAUGCCCCUCCAGGCGAAGAGUAUGGCAGAACCGCGCUGCAAGCAGCAGCUUGUUGCCAGAACUCGGACAGAUUUGCAAUGGUACAGAUGCUGUUGUCCUUUGGUGCGGACAUCGCGGCGCUACCGGCAAAAAAGGGAGGCCUCACAGCUCUGCAAGGGGCUGCGACCCGGGGCGACAUCAGCCUUGCCAACGUGCUUCUGGGACGAGGAGCGAAUGUCAAUGCUCCAGGCGCAGAUGAGGACGGUAGAACGGCAAUCGAAGGUGCCGCCGAGUACGGUCAUCUUCACAUGGUCCAAUUCUUGCUUGGCGCCGGCGCCGUAGGGGACCCAGCAGAAGGAUUUUCAAGUGCAAUUGACCUUGCACAAAUGCGAGGUUGGCGGGAGGUUGCACAAUUUUUGAGUGACCAUGACACUCUCUCUGCUUUCCUCAAAUCGGAGGUCAGAAAUCAUACAGCAGAGAGCGUAAUUGAUUUUCAGUUGCCGUCUCUAGGUUUCUCUCUCCCUGACGACGUCUAG